AACAAGAAGAGUAAGAGGGAAGCUGUUAGUGCUUAUACUCAAGCAACCUACAAUAUCUAUUAUUUAUAGUGCAUACUUGAACGGAAACACAAAUCAAGAUGGGUAAAGAUUACUACAAGAUCCUCGGCCUGUCCAAGGGUGCCUCUGAGGAUGAUAUCAAGAAGGCCUACAGAAAAAUGGCCCUCAAGUAUCAUCCAGACAAGAACAAAUCAGCUGAUGCCGAGGAAAAAUUUAAAUUAGUUGCCGAAGCCUACGAGGUUCUGAGUGACAAGAAGAAGCGAGAUAUCUACGACCAGUAUGGAGAGGAAGGCCUGAAGGGGGGAGUGCCAGGCAGUGGAAGCACCGAUGGCACUCACUUCACCUACACGUUCUCAGGUGACCCCAGAGCUACCUUCCAACAGUGCUUCGGCACCAACAACCCCUUCAGCCAUUUCUUCAACAUGGACGUGGACGGCCACGGCACGCACGACGUGUUCGAGGACAUGGACGCCGAGGACGACCCCUUCAUCAACAUGCUGGGUGGCGGGGGGCCUCGCAUGGGCGGAGGCACUCGGAGGGCCUUCAGCUUCAACCCCCACGACUCCCCGAGGUUCUACGAGAGCAAGGGUCGUCACCAGGACCCAGCGGUCACCAGGGACCUGUACGUGUCGCUAGAGGAGGUCGUCAAGGGCGUCACCAAGAAGAUGAAGAUCACGAGGAACGUGCUGACGGCGGACGGGCGGUCGACGCGGCGCGAGGAAAAGAUCCUGACCAUCGAGGUCAAGCCAGGGUGGAAGGAGGGCACCAAAAUCACCUUCGAGAAAGAGGGUGACCAAUCCCCAGGAAAGAUCCCCGCAGACAUCAUCUUCGUCAUUAGGGACAAACCUCAUCCUCUGUUCAAGCGCGACGGAGCAAACCUCGUGUACACCGCCAAGUUACCUCUACGCGAUGCCCUCUGUGGCACGCGGGUCUCCGUUCCUACCCUGACUGGCCAGCAGGUCACCUUCAACUUUAGCAACGAAGUAGUGAAGCCCCAGACAACCAAGCGUCUCCAAGGAUACGGUCUUCCCUACCCGAAGGACCCGACGAGGAAGGGUGACAUCAUCGUCCACUUCGACAUCCAGUUCCCUUCGAAUCUCACUGAAAGUGCCAAAGAGAUUCUGUCGGAAGUCCUGCCAUUGUAGACAGCAGUUCGAGAUAGUUCUCGCAGUCGGAGGUUGUUCCGAAAAUUUGGCCAUAAAAGGGGGGUUCCGGUAUCCAGAACCGAGUCCAUAUGUGGCAGCUGUUAAACUGACUGUGGCGUCGAGCUGCUCUCGGGCAGGGAGGGCCGACGACCCUAGAAGGAGGGAACGAGGUCGUGUUCGGUGGGCGGCUGGAGGACUCACGACAUGCUGCGUGUGACGGUGUGGUGACCAAGGAGUGAGAGCUCAAGACAAUGAUAACACACUCUUCCACCUGAAGAGUGAGUACGAGUGUUGCGUUGCUACGGGAUCACCGGUGUGAUAAUGUGUAUUGUGACGUUAGGAAGACGACAUUAUUAUUUAUUUUCUCUGUACGAGUGCGCGAUCAUAACAAUCAGUGUGAGCGAACUGAAAACGACACAGAAAGAUGCGAAAUGGAGUUAACUACGAAUGAAACGAGGUAGCGGCGAGUACGAGUGCGAGUGAGAGGUGGAGUGGGUGAUGCCUGCGUGGUGACGUCAUCGCCCGGAAGGUUGGCUGGCACCUACCUGCAGCUGGUGGUCGCUUACCUGUGACGUCAUAUCUAUAAAGGGCACACGCCCCUCCAAUUUACUUUUGUUCUUAAAUGGUAAUACUAUAAAAGCGGACCUCUAUUCACAUCGUGUAUUAUAAUAUGCUUCAGUUUCUGUGUCUGAAUUUGAAUGCAUUUGAAUAUUGCUCUUGUACCAAGAGUUGACUCGAGUCAUUGUGUUAUUACUUAGGAAAUUAUCUUAAUGUAUAUAAAUCAUCAUUCAUUAUUAUUGCAGAACAUUAUCUGUUUCAUUUCUAUUUCAUGUGAGUGUCUGAUGGUUUGGGUCAGGCGUUAUUUUGUAUAGACAAGGAUUUAUUUUAUGACACCAAAGAUUCGCUUAUAUCACUUUUUGUUGGUGUAAGUAAAUAAAGUUAUCUAUUUUGUA